AUGGCACCCCUAAAAAUUCUAGUUGUGGGGAAACCAUCCAUCAGCCAAACCCCAGAACGUGGCACCAUCAGAUUCUCAGUAAAGGGAGUCGGCCAUGAGCAAGAGAAAGUUGCCAAAGAAGUGACAAUAUCAUCGACCAACCUACAAAACUGGAUUAAAUCAAGCUUUUACUCUCGUACCGACGAUGAGCCCGAGCCCCCUCUGACAAAAUUCUCAUCCACGAGUAUCAGAACCUGGACAAAAUCCACGGAUAGAAAUGGCAACAACGAGUCCCACCCACACCAUGCCAGUAUAUCCUUCGAGGCCGUCUUCCACGACUUCACCAAGUUGAAUCACGCGAUCAAAGAAUUGCUGAUCUAUCCCAAAGUGGAAAUCGAUGGUCUAGAUUGGAGUCUCACCGACGAAACCGGGAGACGACUGGCUUCUGACGCACGUAAAUUGGCUCUACGCGAUGCUAUUCAACAAGCUAGUGACUAUUCGGAAGUGCUUGGACGCGCUGUCUCGGUGGUGGAAAUUGCCGACCAAGGAAUGAGUCCUUACAGGGCUAAUCACAGACAAAUGAUGGCUGCUAGUUUUGGUAGUCACACUGGGGAGGAUCCUUCGCCGCUAGACCUCACCCCUCAGGAUAUUGAUGUCGAAAGUCAUGUCAAUGUCACUUUUGAAGCCGUGUAA